UCAAAAUCAUGGGCGAACUCUCUAGCCUUCCAUGCAUCAGAGUUCAGUUGUGUUUGAAGAAGAAGGAUGAAGUCACCGACGACUUCUUCCACAACUAUUGGAAAGGCAAUCACGUCAAUCUAGCUCUCGAAAACAAGAAUUUUGUAGAUUGCGUUAUUCGAUACAAUCAGUUCCAUACGUCUCCACGAUUCAAACAGGCGGCUGGGGAUUUCAAAAUACCUGUUCUGGAAUACGAUAGGAUUGCGGAAGUUUGGGUCAAAGACAUCGAGUCAUGGCAAUCGGUUGUCACAGAUCCCACCUUUGUGAAGGCAAUUGCAAAAGACGAAGACAAUUUUAUCAAGGCUCCUAUUCACAUUAUGCUGGGGUAUGAUAAUACUGUAAUAUGCGAAGCUUUUAACGAGUCAUGAAACUUGAUUUGUAGUCCUUCGUGGUGUUUCGAAUUCAUACAUUUGUUGACGAAGUAUAGCCCCUGGAGCAAUUCAAUCAUGAUGUGAGCUCUGUAGUGUCCGCGAAUAAGAGAGACUCAGCGGAUGAGGUUUAGUUGAAUUGCCCCAAUGUCUUCCUUCAGAUGUUCAAUUUUCUUGGUGCCUCUAUGUUUCUAUUAGCAUUGUGUGUUGAGGAUUGAGUCUUUCACCAACGGUAUUGGACAAAUGUCUUCACCGUGGGAAAGUAGCCACGCCAAUGAUAACUGUCCACUGGUACAGCCUUUUGCUUUAGAGGUAUAUUGGAAGCUCUGAAUAGGCUUCCA